AUGACCAUUGUCAACCAUGGCUUGUCUGAGAUGACCAUGGUCAACCAUGGCUUGUCUGAGAUGACCAUGGUCAACCAUGGCUUGUCUGAGAUGACCAUGGUCAACCAUGGCUUGUCUGAGAUGACCAUGGUCUACCAUGGCUUGUCUGAGAUGACCACGGUCUACCAUGGCUUGUCUGAGAUGACCAUGGUCAACCAUGGCUUGUCUGAGAUGACCACGGUCUACCAUGGUUUGUCUGAGAUGACCAUGAUCUACCAUGGCUUGUCUGAGAUGACCACAGUCUACCAUGGUUUGUCUGAGAUGACCACGGUCUACCAUGGCUUGUCUGAGAUGACCAUGGUCUACCAUGGCUUGUCUGAGAUGACCGUGGUCAACCAUGGCUUGUCUGAGAUGACCGUUGUCUACCAUGGCUUGUCUGAGAUGACCAUGGUCUACCAUGGCUUGUCUGAGAUGACCAUGGUCAACCAUGGCUUGUCUGAGAUGACCACGGUCUACCAUGGCUUGUCUGAGAUGACCAUGGUCUACCAUGGCUUGUCUGAGAUGACCACGGUCUACCAUGGUUUGUCUGAGAUGACCACGGUCUACCAUGGUUUGUCUGAGAUGACCACGGUCUACCAUGGUUUGUCUGAGAUGACCAUUGUCAACCAUGGCUUGUCUGAGAUGACCGUUGUCUACCAUGGUUUGUCUGAGAUGACCAUGGUCAACCAUGGCUUGUCUUAG